GUAAGAAGAGAGGUGAAAAGGAAGCGCGAAGAGCUUUUCCUCUUCCAUUGGAGAAGCGCUGCACAAGGAUUUACAUUUUUUGUUGUUGUUUGCAUCUACGGGAGGGUCGUGAAAGCGGCAAGAGAAAUAGUAACUAGGAUGUUUCGUCAAUCGUUUCUCCGCCUGCCGUGGUGGAACUUCCAGACCGAGCACCGUCAGCGCUGUGUCAUGAUGUACGGUGGUGCUCGCACCAAGAACACCCACAACGCCAACCAUCGCGUGUACGUGCGCAAGUUUAAGCGCAACGCGUUCCCGAACCGCACCCGACACCACUGGGCGGUGUCCAUGACGGGCGUGCAGGGACAGCGUCCGCGCCGCAUGCCGUGGCCGUACGACCUCACCUCUAUGAUCUUUAACCAACCUCGCCAAGGCUCUGACAAAAUCGGUUACGUCGUGGGCACGAGCAUGCUCAAGACAGCUGUCGUGGCUGCGAACCACAUGGUGUACUACCCCAAGUUUAAUCAGCGUGUCUCGCGCACGAGCCGCUUCUUCGCGCACGACGAGGACCUGGCGUGCGUGGAAGGCGACCUCGUGCACAUCAAGCAGUCCCGCAAAAUAUCCAAGUACAAGCACUACUACGUAUUUAGCAUAUUGGAGCCGAACGUGGAGGGACGGGAGCGCCUCAAGCUCGGACUGAAGGCAGUCCCGCCGCCGCUUUUCGGCUACCCGGUCUCGCGGCGUGUGGUGAAGCUGAACUUGACCAACACGGAGGGCACAAAGGAGAAGCUGGCGGCUGCGAUUCAGGAGCACGUCCAGGACGCGUAUCGCUUUGCUGGUCCGACGCCGGAUCAGCCGCGUGCGAAGUUGACCGACUCCGCCUCUUUCGAUGACGCCAACAAGAUGAUUGCGCCGAACGCGCCGGAGACGACGGCGCUGCCGCACGGCGAGGAGCCAGCGUUCUUAGGCGAUGGCCAGGCCGUAGGCAACGAGUUCAGUGAACCUGAUGAGGAUAGCAGGCAGAAAAAGGGUGAGGACUACUGGAUGAACUUGCAGCCCAAGGAGCAGUACGACUACAAGAAUCUGAAGAAAUCACCAUAG